CUUUUAUAGCUCCCUGGUUCCACCUCAAGGCCUUGAGGUUUUGGCAGCUCUGGAGGAUGAGAGAGGACGUGGCCAGGGGCCCUCACAACGCGCCGAGAUGGGCGUCCCUGCUGGUGCUGGUCGCCAUAGGCACCACCGUGACAGCGGCCGUCAACCCUGGCGUCGUGGUCAGGAUCUCCCAGAAGGGCCUGGACUACGCCAGCCAGCAGGGGACGGCCACGCUGCAGAAGGAGCUGAAGAGGAUCAAGAUUCCUGACUACUCAGGAAGCUUUAAGAUCAAGCAUCUUGGGAAGGGGCAUUAUAGCUUCUACAGCAUGGACAUCGGUGAAUUCCAGCUUCCCAGUUCCCAGAUAAGCAUGGUGCCCAAUGUGGGCCUUAAGUUCUCCAUCAGCAACGCCAGUAUCAAGAUCAGCGGGAAAUGGAAGGCACGAAAAAGAUUCUUAAAAACGAGCGGCAAUUUUGACCUGAACGUAGAAGGCAUGUCCAUUUCGGCUGAUCUGAAGCUGGGCAGUAACCCCACGUCAGGCAAGCCCACCGUCACCUGCUCCAGCUGCAGCAGCCACAUCAACAGUGUCCACGUGCACAUCUCAAACAGCAGAGUGGGGUGGCUGAUCCGACUCUUCCGCAAAAAAAUUGAGUCUGCGCUUCGAAACAAGAUGAACAGCCGGGUCUGCGAGAAAGUGACCAAUUCUGUAUCCUCCGAGCUGCAACCUUAUUUCCAGACUCUGCCAGUAAUGACCAAAAUAGAUGCUGUGGCUGGAAUCAACUAUGGUCUGGUGGCACCUCCAACAACCACGGCUGAGACCCUGGAUGUACAGAUGAAGGGGGAGUUUUACAGUCAGAACCACCACAAUCCACCUCCCUUUGCUCCACCAGUGAUGGAGUUUCCCGCUGCCCAUGACCGCAUGGUAUACCUGGGCCUCUCAGACUACUUCUUCAAUACAGCCGGGCUUGUAUACCAAGAGGCUGGGGUCUUGAAGAUGACCCUUAGAGAUGACAUGAUUCCAAAGGAGUCCAAAUUUCGACUGACAACCAAGUUCUUUGGAAACUUCCUACCUGAGGUGGCCAAGAGGUUUCCCAACAUGAAGAUACAGAUCCAUGUCUCAGCUUCUACCCCGCCACACCUGUCUGUGCAGACCACUGGCCUUACCUUCUAUCCAGCCGUGGACGUCCAGGCCUUUGCCGUCUUCCCCAACUCCUCCCUGGCUUCCCUCUUCCUGAUUGGCAUGCACACAACUGGUUCCAUGGAGGUCAGCACCAAGUCCGACAGGCUUGUUGGAGAGGUCAAGCUGAAUAGGCUGCUCCUGGAACUGAAGCACUCCGAUAUUGGCCCCUUCCCGGUUGAAUUGCUGCAGGAUAUCAUGAACUACAUGGUACCCAUUCUUGUGCUGCCCAGGGUUAACGAGAAACUGCAGAAAGGCUUCCCUCUCCCGAUGCCGGCCAGAGUCCAGCUCUACAACAUGGUGCUUCAGCCUCACCAGAACUUCCUGCUGUUUGGUGCAGAUGUUGUCUACAAAUGAAGGCACCAGGGGUGCCGGGGGCUGUCAGCCACACCUGUUCCUGAUGGGCUGUGGGGCACAGGCUGCCUUUCCCCAGGGAAUCCUCUCCAGAUCUUAACCAAGAGCCCCUUGCAAACUUCUUCAACUCGGAUUCAGAAAUGAUCUAAACACGAGGAAACUUUAUUCAUUGGAAAAGUGCAUGGUGUGUGUAUUUUAGGGAUUAUGAGCUUCUUUCAAGGGCUAAGGCUGCAGAGAUAUUUCCUCCAGGAAUCGCGUUUCAAUUGUAACCAAGAAAUUUCCAUUUGUGCUUCACGAAAAAAAAACUUCUGGUUUUUUUCCUGUGGA